GUGCUAGAACAUAGACCUGUUCCCAGGCUGCUUUUGCACAGUCUUAGCUGUUCUGAGGAUACAUUAAUUCAGCAUGCUGGAUGAACUUUCUAUAUUUUCAGGAUGAGUUUGUUUUGGUUUAUUUAUUUGUUUAUUUAAACUUUUGUUAUUUUAGAUCCAACAUUUUGUACAAGCGUCACACGUUCAAGGGUGAAAGGACUUCCCAGCUGCUGAGGCUGUUGCAUGUACUUUAGGCAAUGUACCAAAGUGUCUGACAGACUGAUUUCCUUACUGCUCUUCCAAACACUGACAUCAGUUGGGAAGGCAGGGCGCUGCAGGAAUAUGACAACUUCCAGUAAUAAUGCUGCUCAAGGAAGGAGUUGAAGGUGGUGGUUACAAGCCCUGAAUUGAUCCUGCUGCAUAAGAAAAAGCAGUCUCCUGCUAUGGAUCUUUCCUGAUGUACAGCUCAGUCAGCUCUAUGGGCCUGACUGAUAGCUAGCUUCAGAAAGUGUGAAUAAUAGAGUGUGCGUGGCUGUCUGCCAGGAAAAAAUGAAAACAGGAACAAGGCCCCCAAUUUGAUGUGCUUCAAGUUUGGAUCCUUCUUUGCAGGUGCCCAAUUCCUCACCUUUGAAUCAGUUGCAAGGCCUUACAAUGGCACAGAAUGAGCACUGCGUUCAAGCCUCCUUCCUGUAAAUGAUAGGACCAAACAAGGCGGUGUGAUGAACAUGCCACUGCAUCAAAUCUCUGUCAUUCCAGCUCAGGAUGUUACCUCUUCCAGAGUCUCCAGGAGCAAGACCAAAGAAAAAGAAGAACAGAAUGAGAAGGCUUUGGGGCAUUCCGUGAGCCGCUCUAGUAACAUCUCAAAGGCUGGAAGUCCAACCUCUGUCUCUGCCCCUCAUAGCUUCUCUCGGACUUCUGUUACGCCAUCCAACCAGGACAUCUGCAGUUCCAGUGCAGUGUUUUCUGAGUGUUGUCAUCACAGUCCAGUGCAGUCUGCUGUUGUCUUGAAAAAUCCGCACUGCCCGAGCCCUCUGACACAAGGGGUCACUGUGACAGUAAUCUGUCAGGACACGUUACAUGCAGCAAAGAGAAACUCCCGUGGGCAGGAUCGGGGCCAGGCACUCAGGUCUGCAAAGAAUGUAAAGCCCAGCCGCACCCUGAAAUUCUCCAAGUCCCUCAAUGACGUGGACCAGAAGGCGCAGAGCACCAGCGAGUGCUUUGAUUAUGUGGAGCGAACACGCUCAGAAGGCAAACUGACCCUGAAUCAAGAGCAGUGUUUAAGGAUUAACAAAUUUCAUCUUAAAGAGAGGAAACCGCUGAAUCUCAGGCCUCUUUCUUUUAGCAAUUCUAAGCACUCCUAUAUCCCUUCCCUUUCCAACUACUCAAGUGCAUCGGGAGGAGCAGAGAACCACAGCGCUGUACAUAUCCCCCUGCUGGAGGACAAGGUGGACCAUGACUCCUCAAGGAGCAAAAAACUGUUGCGUUACCUUUUUUCCUUCUCCCACACCUCCAGCAUCAGCAGCCUGCAUAAAUUUCACGAACUGGAGAGCUAUUCCAGUCACUUCCAAGCUGACAAAUCCUCCAGCAUGCUGGUGGAAAGCACAGACUUCUGCUCUGAUGAUAUGGGAGAUGAUGACGUCUUUGAGGACAGCACCUCAGUGAAACUCAAACCAAAAGAGCAGCGGGCACCACUCUGUUCAAUUGAGAAGGACAGUGACCUUGACUGCCCUUCCCCCCUCUCAGAAAAGUUACCCCCUCUGUCCCCUGUGUCCACAUCGGGGGAUACCUGCAGGAUAUGUCACUGUGAAGGAGAUGAUGAGAGCCCUUUGAUUACCCCCUGUCACUGCACGGGAAGUCUUCACUUUGUGCACCAGGCCUGCCUGCAGCAAUGGAUCAAGAGCUCGGAUACGCGAUGCUGUGAGCUGUGCAAGUAUGAGUUCAUCAUGGAGACAAAACUGAAGCCUUUGAGAAAGUGGGAGAAGCUGCAGAUGACAGCCAGCGAGAGGAGGAAGAUCAUGUGCUCUGUAACAUUCCAUAUCAUUGCCAUCACCUGCGUUGUGUGGUCUCUCUAUGUCCUCAUAGACAGGACUGCUGAGGAGAUUAAACAGGGACAAACUACUGGUAUUCUAGAGUGGCCAUUUUGGACUAAGCUGGUAGUUGUGGCUAUUGGUUUCACUGGAGGACUUCUAUUCAUGUAUGUACAAUGCAAGGUGUACGUACAGCUGUGGAAGAGACUUAAAGCUUAUAACCGAGUAAUAUAUGUACAAAACUGUCCGGAAACUAGCAAAAAGAAUAUUUUUGAAAAACCUGCACUAAUGGAGCCAAACUUCGAAAGUAAAGAAAUGUUUGGGGUUCACCAUUCAGACACAAACUCUUCACAUUACACAGAGCCAGAAGACUGUGCUGCGGAAAUCCUUCACGUCUGAUUGCUAGGUGGAAGGGGUAUUUCCCCAUGUCCUUGAAGAUUUGAAUAUCAUUGUUUACUGCAAACUGCUCUACCUUUUUAACAUCAGCAAACAGCUGAGGGCUGGCGGAUGAAUUUUUUACAUUUGUUUUCUUUGUUGGAAUUUUUUUAAAUCCCUUAGGCAUAUCUGUCAAUGUCAUUGUGGUUGCAUACCUCUCAACAUUUUGUGUCUCAUACUGGCUGAUCAAAGAGCCACAGGAUAUUGGGUAGAAUGAGCCUUGGGUUUGGUAUUAAGGAAGCCGCUAGCGAGCUGUCACCAACUUCGUGGAGUCUGUUACUUUAGAACAUGAUUCUUAAGUAAUUCUGGAGGAUGUGUAGUGUGGGGUUGGUUGGUUGGUCUGUUCUUUAUGUGUGAUGAAGGAGGUUGUCCCAGACAGUGAGAGAAAUGAGAGGGAGUCUAAUCUACCACUAACACUGCCACUAACAUUGUGUCUCAAACAGCAGGUGUAAAAUUUUGCUUUACAUAUUGCAAUGAGACUUACAAAGCAUAUAGCACUUUUAAAAAUCUUUAUUUUGUGAUAUAUAUGUCAAAUGAGAAUGAAACUUGAAAGAAUGUGUCAUUUUUGAAACAUUUCUUAAUUCUUUACCCCAUCUAUUCUUCUGAAACAUAAACCUCUUGCCUUAUAAAAAAAAAUUUAAAUUUCAGCCUGUGAUUUCCCACACACGCCCACAUUAUCUUACUAAACGUAACACUAAAAAUUCUGUCUCUUUGGGUUUCCCUUGAGGAGCAAUUUUCUUCAAAGGAUAUUGCACUUGUGACUUGUGUAUGAGGAGUAGUGGGUGUGUACAAUGUUUGUUUUCAGUGGUUUCAGUGUUCUGUUUUGGGGAUUGGUUUUGAUUUUUUUCCCUGACAGGUCAGACCAUCAACACACCUGUGCAUAUACACCUGAUGUAGUUUUCAUUCCAAACCAUUGGCAAAGGGUUUGUUGCUAUAUUGAUAAAAAUGUGAGCUGUUACAGAAAAAAGGAAACUUAGUUAAUACAGCUGAAACUGGUUUUCUUUCUUUAGUGCUGUGUCGUGUGUGAAAUACCCAAGAAUUUGAUGUUGGCAGAGGAGAUGCUGACAUACAAGUCUAGGAAGUAAAUAUCACAUUAAGUGGAUAAAUUUAAAAAUACCUGCUUGAUGUGAUGCACUGUGUGGUCAGAGAAUAGUAUAUAUCUGUGCUUUUGGAUUUGGGACUGGCUUUUUAAUCAGUCAGCAUUCAUGCAAAGAGAGGGACAGCUUUAAAAUCUGUUUGCAAGGCUUUUAGUUGCCCAAAGCCUGGGGUGUCUGCAGUUGAUUUGUUUGUCCAGUCUGUUUCACUGCACCACUGUCCAGCUUUAAGCCCUCAUUUAACCAAAGUCUCAGCGUGAUUAGAGCAGAAACGAAGCCCUAUGAAAAGUCAGCACAUGAGGCCUCUGCAUUUGAAAGCUGACUUUCCCUACCUGAGCCUGUCUAAAUCUCUGUCAAGUCAAUGAUGAUAAUAUGGCUGGUCUUAGUAUGAGUUGCCUGGACUUCUCAGGUAAAAGUUUCUGUUUACUUGUUGAGAUAGUGAACUAAAUUCUUAGCUCUAGUUCAAGUUUCACUUAGUGUUUUUGAAGUACAACUUUGGGUACAUUCUUUUCAUAGUAAAAGCAGCUGCUUUAAGACUUCUUAAUAUAACAGUAAGAGAUCAGGGAUUUUUUCCUUAAAAUGUAAUAUUAAUUUAUUUCUAAAUCAAUAUUUUAAUAGAAGGCAGAGAAGGGACUCUGGUAAGAGAACACUCAUCCCAAUGGUUUCUAGAAGAUGUUAGAGGAAAAGCACAUGUGCCUCUGUCACUUCAUGCUUGAAGCUGUCUGUGAUCUUCAUGAACAACAUGGUACCUUGUUCUUGAGAUGUGUUAAAACAUCCAGACCUCUGGGCAGUCCUGGUAAACUGCACUGACAUGGAUUUGUGUACUGUACUAGCUGUCAGGAUGUCCUGUGCUUAAGUGAUACAGGCAGACAAACCCUGCAUACCCUGCUAGUAUUGGGGCAGUCUUUGUGACCAUACACAUGCAGAGUUUUUUGCCUGUGCCUGUCAUAAUUCAAAGUGCAAUUACUCAAGACCUUUCCUGAGCUCUGCUGUGGAUCAUCCUCUUCUAUUUUGAGAACCCAGAUAAUACACUGUCUCAUUUUGUUUUCUGUAUUGUUCUGUGAAAGAUUCACUAGAUAAACUCAGGUGGGUUAAGUAUCAAGUCUUGCACACCUUCAUGAUGUCCUUCUGAAAUGGGCAAGUGCACAGGCUGCCUGUCUGUGAGAUGCUCACCUUACAGCUGCGAGAUGCACAGGGCCAGCUGCCGAGCGAUGCCGUGCGCGCGCUCUUCCCGUCUGCGGCCCGCGGGUGAAGUGAAGAUGGACGAGUCCUGGUGUGAAACCCGGCUGUUCCCCAGCUCACCUGAGCAGCUCUGGCACGAGCAAUGUUCUGACAUGGCCAAUACAGCGAAGAUGGACGAGUCCUGGUGUGAAACCUGGCUGUUCCCCAGCUCACCUGAGCAGCUGUGGCGUGAGCAAUAUUCUGAUAUGGCCAAUACAGCACACCACAACUUGCUGGUUCUGCUUCAGUCACUGUUGUACAGGGUUCUAAGGUGAAACAUUGCAAAAUCUCAUUCGGUGUUUUGGAAGCUGCAUGUGGAAUGUGCCAGGUAUUGUGGAGUAGUCAGGGUACUGAAGGUUUUUGCUGUGCCCCUGAGUAUCUUAACUUGUAAAGAAAAAUCAUCUCCAGCAAAAUCACUUGGGGAAAAAUACUUGUGAAUGAAAAUGUUUAAGCCAGUGUUGCUGCUAACAAUUCCCCAUCCCAGUAGUUCUUUUCGGAAUGAAAAUUAAGGUCUAUUAUUUAAACUCUUUAUACUGCUUAGGAAUGCUCAUACCAGGAAAGGCUGCAGAAGAGAUCCAUCUGUCAGGGGGUUUCAUUUAUGCUGGUGACACUUCUCAUGCUGAUUCUUGCUUGGUGUUGAUGGUGAGCUUCUGGAGAUGCAGUUCUCUGCUUCUGCAUGGUGCCAUCAAAUGUUUGAGAAGGCUGAAUGGUGCUUUUUUUCUUCUUUCUCCUCAAGAAGAUACUGUUGACUUUUUUCAGCUUCCAGCUGUGAGGCACUGAUGCCUGCUCAGGUGAGCUCUGUCCUUUCCAUUCAGAUGUCAGUAAGGGGAACAAUCACCCCCUGUUAGAUCAGGCUUUCCACUACUUCCUUCUGGCAGCUUUUGAAAUUACUGAAAUAGAAGCCUGGUCCUUGUACCUUGGCCAAAGUUAGCUUGAGUUACCAUGAGGCUUUUCUGAGACCAGAAUUUAAGUAGGAGGGAGCAUAGGCUUAAUGCCAUCUGCUACAGUCCCUUCCUUAGGUUGCCAGAGCCUUUUCUGAUAUGUCCAGUACCCCAGAUAACUGACCCCAUUCUAUUGACAGCACUCCUGUCCAAAAAGGCACCAUCUGGGCCAAGAAAAUUCCCCUUCUGUGUCACGUUUGAUGAAUCUGCCAGGUCAUGAACGUGCAUGAUGUUAGAAAUAUAGGUGUGUGCUGCAGGAGGUCAAUCCUGUGUGAGAGCUGAUGAGAUACUAAAUUCCUGUGGAUUCUCAGGACUUUUUUCAACUGUAAGCCUCUGUUUUGGGAGUGAGAGUGGUGUUUCAAAUGUGCUCUGAAGAGAUGGCCAGACCCUGGGACAGCACCCUCUGGUUGAGUGUCACUGAGAUUAGCUUUGCUUAAGCACUCUGUGAAGGGUUAGAGAAACACUGGGCUUCCGUGCUGUACCUGGGAGUUCCUGGCAAGCAGUUGUAACUCUGUUCAAGCCAGGCCUCUGUGAGUACUGAUCAGAGCACGAGGCCCACUUGGUGCUGUAAGGAAAGGGGCUGCUUGGCCUGCCUCUCAUGGGAAACCUUGGAAGUGAUGCAUGGAUGCCACCAAGUGCAGGAACUGGUUGCUUCUGCCCUAUGUGUGGCAGAAUAUGUAUCUGUUGCAAAGUAGGAGCCAGAUCCAAAUUUCUCCUAAAGCUGACGUGUGUUAAGAUACAGAUUUCUGGUGUGGUCUGCUCUGGAGACUGGCCAGCAAUGAAAAUUGGAAGGUCAGCGACUCUGAGUUGGGUCCCUCUUAGAUAUGGGUAAAAAGGGUAAAUACAAAAGCAAGGAUAUUGCUGGCUGGAUUUCCUUAGUGUUGUAUUAGAUACACUAAGAAAAUUUUUAAGUGGGACCUUUUAUUUUGUGAUUAUUUUUUAGUUUUGAGAUAUUGCGGUGUCUGUAUAUUCCAAUGAAGUACUGAAAACACUUGUCUUUGUAUAGAAGAUAACUGUUUAAAAAUUGCAGCUAAUCUUGUAUUUAGGUAAAACAUUUGUAGAUAGGUAAUUGUAUAAUAUUGAAGAACUUUACACUGGCAUGUGUUGUAUAACGUUUAUACAAGACACUUCAUACUUCUGCAGAAUUUUUUAGUUAUUAAAUUUCUAGUAACUUAAUGUAUAGUUUUGUAUCCUUUCAUGUAUGUUCGUUUUCUCAGUAUUACCACUUGCAGAAUUAUUUUUAGUUUCUUAAACUGUAAUUGGUUAUUUGUGUGUGAUACACAGGGUUAUUGACUGCAGCAAUAAAGUGUUUCUAUAAAAAAACAGAAAAACCCAAA